UCAGCUGGGCGGUUUUAGCAUUGUUGAAAAAAAAUUUAAUAAUCGGCAAAAUAUCGAAUUAAAUAGAAUUGCAAUAUUUAUUCACUUUCCCAGUGUUCACAAAUUAUAAUAAAAGAAUCGGAAGGAAAUUAUGUAUUACAAACAAUUUACGAGGUUUUUUCAUGUGACUCGAAGUGUGUGGGGAUCGACAGAUAAAAGUGCUUUGUCGGCUUUAAGAAAGAAGACAGGAUAUACGUUUGCAAACUGCAAGAAGGCCUUAGAGCUUCAUGAAAAUGAUUUAACGAAGGCAGAACAAUGGUUGAAAGAGCAAGCACAAGCAUUAGGAUGGUCUAAAGCAACAAAACUGGAAGGAAGAGCAACCACUCAGGGCUUAAUUGGUGUCCUUGUUCAGCAACACAUUGGAGCGAUGGUGGAAGUUAAUUGUGAAACUGACUUUGUUGCCAGAAACGAAAACUUUCAAGAAUUUGUUGGAAAAGCAUCAAAAGCUUGUGCUCAUUACAUUUCAGAAGUAGACAAUGUCAAUAAAAUAACAAAGAUUGGGCUCGAGGGUGAAACUUUACGUAAUUUAAAGCUGGAAGACGGAAAAACUUUAAACGAUCAUUUAGCUUUGUUAAUUGGAACUGUUGGUGAAAAUGCUUCGUUGAAACGAGCAAUUUGUUACAAGUCACCAGAAUCAGUUCGUUUAAGUGGUUACAUACAUCCAACUCCAGAUACUCCAAUCGAAGAGGGACUGUUGAUGUUAGGAAAAUACGGAUCGAUUGCUGCAUUUAAUAGCAACAGUGAGAAGACCGAGGAGAUAUUGAAUAUUCAUCGUAAAAUUUGUCAACAUAUCGUUGGCAUGAAUCCAUUGAAAAUUGGUGACAUUGAAGUUGAUAAGCCUAACGAAGUUAAAGAUGAAGAAACUUGCUUGAUACAUCAAGAAUUUCUCUUAGAUCCCGAAGUAACAAUAGGACAAAUGCUGCAAGAGCAUAAUAUAAAAAUUAUAGAUUUUCAGAGAUUUGAAUGUGGCGAGAAAAUUGAAUAUCAUGAAGCUUCACAAGCAGCAGAAAGCAGUUAAACAUUUUUUCCUCAUAUUUAAUCCUUAAAUGUAGAAUAAAAAGGUUAAUAAAAAAUAUAACGGUUUUUUGCAUUUCAAAAAUUUGCUAAAAUUUCGA